UAUGAUAUAUAAUGACAAGUUUAUUAUAAAGUUUAUUUCUUCACCUACGUACUCUGCUUCCUUCUCUAAAGUUUAAAGUUUGUAGCAUCGUAGAUUACUUCCUCGUGAAGUGUUUCACUUACUUUUCUCGAAAAAGCUACGAAAUAUGGGACGGAGACCCAUGAAAAUGAAGUCCUCACUUUUUCUUCUGUAAUUGCCAAAGACUCAGUUUCUUCUUACUUCAGUUACUCCCCCGACCGAUCAUCUUCAUCUUCAUCUUCUGUUUCUAGCUCAGAAGCAUAGUCAAUCUUUGAUUGAGAAAACAGAACUUAUCUGGAAAUACAAGUCUCAUAUGGUCUCAAGCUUGCAGCUUCAAUGGAGCAGAGUUUUUUUAAAAACCAGUCGGCCUCUCUGCAGAAGUCAAGCGAAACCCGUCUAAAGGAGCUCGAAAUGAAGGAGACCCAUAUCAACAACCGCUUCAAAGAAAUCGAAUCCAAGGAGAAUGAGAUAGGUUUGGUCCUGAAAAUGUUAGAACAGCGAGAAAGAAUGGUCGAAUUGAAAGAGAAAGGGCUUGGAGGGAUUUCUGAUUUUGAUCGUAGUUUAAGCAUGGAUGGACAAAAGAUGUUGAUGUUUUUGAAUCAGUAUGUGGACGAGCAAGAAAAGUUACAUGAUGUGAUUUACAAUGAUCUUAAACGGUCUGAUGAUCCAGCAAAAUUGGUUCUGGAUGCGGUCAAAGAGUUCUACGCGGAGAAUGAGGAAAUGGGUUUUUCAGGGAGUGUUCGGAAGAGGAGUUGUGUGAUUUUGUUGGAGCAAUUAACAAGGCUGGGGCCAGUUAUUGAGCCCGCAGUGAAGGCAGAGGUGGCGACAUUAGCCCGAGAGUGGAGGGCAAAGAUAAAAAUGGAGAACGAGCAAAAUGGUGUUUUGGAGGUUAUGGGGUUUUUGCUUCUUUUGGGUGCGUACGGAUUGGUUGAUGAGUUUGAUAUUUUUGAAAUGUUGAGUGUUUUCGAGACUAUUGGGCAGCAGCAUGGACAAGCUGGUGAGCCGUGCACAACGGUCGAUUUAGCCAAUAAAGAUCCUGUUAGCACUGUCUUUGAUUCUCAAGUAAAGGCUAACUGGUCUUUGGAGGAGGAUAAAGAGUUGGACAACAGGAUAGCUUUGUCAUUUGAUUGCCCCUCAGAUGCGCUCAAGUACUUCUGUGUUGGUAUGGAUGGAAGAAGUCUGAGAUCGUUUCUCUAUGAUCACGUGGAGGAGCAUGACUCAUUGUGCAAUGAAGUUCAAUGUGCUCUAACUCAAGCACCUGAUCCGGCAAAGCUUGUUUUAGAUGCAAUACCUGGUUUUUUACGGACACAGCCAGAGUUUGACAAGGGUCUGGCACUGGCAAAAAUCAGAAAGAGCUGCAUCCUUUUGUUGGAGCAGUUAAUGAUUAUAUCUCCACAGGUAAGUCCUAAUGUGAGAGAAGAAGCCUCAGCUAUGGCAGAUGAGUGGGCAGCUAACUUGGGACAGAAGUUUCAGCGUCCGGUGACUGUGUAUGGGUUUCUUCUUUUCCUAGCAGCGUAUGGAUUCAAUUCUGAUUACAAGGCAGAUGAGCUUAUUCGUCUUUUUGGAAUUGCUACUCAGUAUCAACCCUCUCCUGGUUUGUGUCAAGUCCUUGGUUUAGCGGAUAAAGUAGAAGUUAUCAUCCAAAGUCUCAUACAAAAACCUCUGCUGCUUGAAGCUAUUGACAAUAUGUAUGCAUAUCAAGUGGCUGACAAGUUCCAGCCAGUACGUAUUCUAAAGGGCUAUUUGAGUUACUCUAAGAAAAGAAUAUACAAGAAAGGAAAAGGCAAAAAACCGGUUACUCAACAGAAUCAGGGAAUAGACAAAGAAAUAACUGCUAUGAGAACAGUGAUCAAAUAUAUUGUUAAAUACAACCUUGAAUCAGAAUUUCCACCUGAGGACCUUAAGAAACAAAUUGUGAAGCUGGAACAGCAGAAGGGGAUACUUGGUACUCUGCCAACAGAAAAACCAAAAGCAUAUGGGAGCGGUAUAACACUAGACCCUUUUCUAUCAUGUGCAAGCACUUCUGCCGACUCUCAAGUAAAAUUUGAACCAGCUCCAAAUGAAAAUUUACAGUUGGACAACCAAAGGACUUCAUUAUCUACCGGCCCUUGGCCUCAGCUUGAUGCGUUCUGUAUCAGUAACGCUGGAAAAGGUUUGGACUUUUUUUCUUACGAGCACACUGAGGAGUAUGAUUCAAUGUCUUCUUCCUCUAGUCACCCUUGGCCUGAGCUUAAGUCCUUCUGUGUCAAUAUGGAGGGUAGGGGAUUGAGAAAUUUUCUUCAUGACCAUAUUGAGGAGCAUGAUUCACUGUGCAAUGAGGUUUAUGAUGCCCUACAGUAUGCAGCUGAUCCAGCAAAGCUUGUUUUAGAUGCAAUGCCUGGAUUUUUUCGUUCACAGUCCAAGUCUGUUAAGGGUUUAUCAUUGAACAAAGUCAGAAAAAGCUGCAUUCUCUUGCUAGAACAAUUGAUAACUAUAUUGCCGGAGAUCAAUCCUCAAGUGAAAGAAGAGUCUUUGAAGAUGGCAAAUGAGUGGAAAGCUAACUUGGGAGAGAAGUAUCAAAAACCUGUCAUCGUUUAUGGAUUUCUGCAUUUUGUGGCAGCCUAUGAGUUAGCCUCUAAUUACGAGGGGGAUGAGCUUCUUGGUCUUAUGACAAUUGCAAAUCAGUAUAAAGUGUGUCUCAAUUUGUGUCAAAUCCUUGGUUUGACAGAUAGAAUCGAAGUUUUAAUAAAAACUCUCUUACAAAAGAAUCUGAUAUUUGAGGCUAUUGAGCAUAUAUAUGCAUUUGAGAUGAGUGAUAAGUUCAAGCCAGCAGCACGUCUUUUGAAGGGCUAUCUAAUCUUCAUAAAGAAAACGGCAUACAAGAAAGGAACCAGAAAACAAGCCAUUGACAAAGAAAUAGCUGCUGUGAGAAAUGUUAUGAAAUGUAUAGCUAAAUACAAGCUUGAGUCAGAAUACCCACUAGAGGAGCUUGAGAGACAAAUAGUGGAACUGGAAAACCAGAAACUAAUGCUCCUAUAAAUGACUGCCAUACCAUAGCAACAGAAGAAGCACAAAGCAUAUGUGGAACAUUUUUUGUGUUGGUUCUCAUCUUUUACGUGUGUUUACAAGUUGGUUCCUAUAUUUUUUUUGGUAAAUUGGUCCCUACCUUUCAGUUUCAAUACAAGGAUUGAAUAAAGUUUGAUCCUUAGUCUA